AUGGCUGCUGACCACGAGAGAACGGUGGCGGCGCCCGACGCCGAGGAGAUCGAGCUCACGCGGUUGGUGUUUGGCGACACCGACGGGUUCCAUGCCAACUUGGCCAAAGUGGACCUGCUCUACCACGACGCCGCCGACGCCGACGACGGCUACUCCAGCGACCUGGACGAUGCUAGCGACGACGAUGACGACGAGAUGCUCCAGGACGACGACUUGUUUGUCAUCGACGACGAAGGGGUCGCCGUCAACGACGAUAUGGAGAUUGAUAGCGAUGACGACGAUACCGCCGGUUCUGACGACGCCUGGAACGACUCCGACGACGACGAGGUCACUGUCAGCUUGACUAAGCUGGCGAAAUUGAAAAAACUCCGCAAAUACGAAGGGGACGACGUCAUUCGCGGCCACAGCUACGUCCACCGACUCCGAGCCCAAUUCGAGCGGAUCUACCCCAAACCGGCGUGGGUCGACGACUGGGAGAAAGAUAAUGGCGACGACAAUCUGCUGGACCAAGAAGUUGAUGCUACUCAGCUGAAAUCACGCGAUUUGGCCGCCGUCUUGGCCCUGCUGGUGCUGUACCUCCAAAAGGGGAAAACCAAGCUCAUGCUGGCCAACCACUUGGGCAUCACUCGCUUAAAAGAUGCCAACGGGGCUCGUCGUGCCAAGGGUUCGAUCCAGGCGGUCGAUUUCCACCCAAAACACCCGCUUUUGCUCACGGCAGGUUUUGACCGUACCGUGCGGAUAUACCACAUUGACGGCGCCCAGAACCCGUUUGUUACUUCUGUCUUCUUCAAACAUACACCGAUUGCCCUGUGUCAGUUUGCUCCGUUAGCUGAUUCGACGACAAUCUACGCCGGUGGUCGUCGCAAGUAUAUGAACAAGUGGGACGUCACCCUGGGCGAAGUGGAGAAGAUCCUGAGACUUUACGGUGCUGACGCCCACCAGCUGCUGUUUGAGCACUUUAAAGUGCUGCCCCGAGGCCGUUUCAUCGGUUUAAAGGGCGAUGAAGGAUGGUGCAAUUUACUCAACCCGCUGGGCCAGUGGGCGCGGGGAUUGAAAGUUGAAGGCACUGUCGGUGAUUUAGCAUUCACUAGCGACGAUCUGAGAGUGCUUAUUGCCUCUACUGCCGGUGAUAUGUACGAAUUUGCCCUUGAUCAAGCCGCGGGGGCAAAGGGGGUAAACAUCAACCAACCCGUCCGCAAAUGGCACGACGAUGGUGUCCACGUGACCUGUGUCAGCUACGGGGGUACUAAUGACCGGUGGGUGGCCGUGGGCACUCAGCUGGGGAUUGUCAAUAUCUAUGACCGAGUGAAGCUUGAGGCGGCCGUUGACUCGGGACUGGCACCCACCCCGAUCAAAGCGGUGGGCAAUAUCGUGUAUCCGAUCCUGACCCUCGAAUUCCUGCCUGACGGGCAAAUGUUAGUGAUUGCCCUGAGAGGUAAGCGUGACCUUUUACGAAUAGUCCAUUUGCCGCUGGCUCGGGUAUUCCCGAACUGGCCGACGCUGGGCACCCCCUUAGGUAAAGUGACGGCAGUCAAGUUUGCUCCCGAUAACUCGAUGCUUGCCAUCGCUAACGAACAAGCGAGAGUAACGUUAUGGCGCCUCACCCAUUAUUAA